CCAAACCAACGCGAAUUAUUCGCAGCGGAUUCGUGACGGAAAGUUCGCAGUCGAAUUCCUGACGGAAUUCGUAAAGAACUUCAUAUUGAAGCGAAUAUAUUCGCGUCAUACUCGUAUGUGUCUAGUAUUGAGAAGAGUUGGUGACAACGAAAAACAAAGAAUACUACUCAGUGAUCUCAAUUCUUCACAAAAAUGUAUACAUCAUCAGAUGAAGAAGAAGCUCUUGUAAUGUUAGCAAUGGAGGACGACAAUUCAAGGAAAAGAAGAAAAUGGGUUCAUGAUAUCAAUCUAGAAAGACUGAAAUGUGGGGAAUAUCACACGCUGAUGCCUCAAUUACGAAAAGACGAUAAAAGAUGCUACAUUUCUUUUAGAAUGACAAUAGAUUGUUUCGAUGAACUGUUGCACCUUGUAGAAAAUGAUAUUAGAAAAUCAGACACGAAUUACCGAGAAGCUAUUUCUCCCGAAGAACGGUUGGCCAUAACAUUAAGGUAUCUGGCUACCGGAGAUACAUUUUAUACAAUAGGCCAUAGUUUUAGAGUCGGGUUUUCGACUGUAAGUGCCAUAGUUGUAGAAGUUUGUGAAGCUUUAUGUAGAAAUUUGCAACAUAUUUACUUGCCCGAACCAACUACAGAAAAUGGAAAAAUCUGA